AUGAAUCUUUGCCUGCAUAAUCACAUCAGAAUUGCCUUGCUUGUUGCAGCUGUUUCUACUGUUAUUUCACCAGUAGUAGCCGAUGAAGAUACAGAUAUACCAUGCGAGUAUGCUUUCCUGAAAAAGUUGACAAAACCAGAGAAAUUCUUUGUGGUUGGUCGAAAUUCCGCUUGUAAUGUAUUUUUAUUCACUAGUGAUCGGCUUGGUGCUUUAGAUGAAUUUCUACUAGGGUACGAUAUUAUAAAUGAACAGGAAUGUGCAGAUGAUAUGAAACCUAUUUUACGUCCAGAUAACUAUCUUUAUCAGACGCGUUACUCUCUGAAAACCAAAACAGUUACUUACUCAUACAAGUACAAAAUAAAGAAUAUCCGUUCUUUGGCUUAUGAUGUUGACCGAGAUCUCACCUACGUUCUGGUAAAAGGGAAGCUGUAUCUCCUAUCAGAAGGCGAAAACGGGGCGAUUUUCUUAGAGCAAGUAGUGGCCAAUUUGGGCUUAGAUGCUGAACAAAUUUCAAUCAGCCAAGACUACUUUAUUUCCAGAGGAGCGUAUGAUGGAUAUGCAUAUGAGUUUACUGUCAGCAAGGUUAACUCAAAAUCAAAGUAUUGUCUCUAUUAUACUCGCGACAAGCAAACGAAAAUGGAAAUUAUAGUGAGAGUUACUGGUAAAACUACUUUAUAUAAUACCAUAUAUGACUGCUUAACAAAGCGAUCCCCGCUGCCUACUACCCCGCAACGGCCUCCGUCCACUGAUUUUCAACCGUUUACGAAAGCCGUGCAGCAAGCGUCGUCUAAGAACAGUGGGAGGAUAGUGGAUGGUGAGCGUAUAAACCGAACUCGUCAUGAGAAACACUAA